CGAAAAAACUUUCAACGUUGCAGCACAUUGAAAUCCGUUAGUUCACCGAAAUUUCUUGGUACAAGAUCGGUGAAUUCGUUUCCACAAGAUUGUAAUAAUAUUUAUUACAUCAAAUAAUUUUGCAAAUGAGGUGACAUUUUAAUAAUGAGUGGACCAGUUUUAUGGACGAUUUGUAUAUCUCUUUUCCUUUGCACAAAUACAUUGUCCGGUCAAGAAGUGUCUGAAACCCAUGGGACAAGAUGUACUUUUGAGGGAGAUGUAUGGAACCCUACACCAUGUGAAACCUGCAAGUGUGUGAGUGGAAAAUAUGACUGUGUGGUAGAAAAGGACUGUGAUGUGGAUGCAAAGACAAGGGAAAUAGAAAAGGAAACUUUGACCGACGGGGCUUCUCAGUCCAGUGGCUUUGAUACCCUCUUUGCUGAAGCACGGGGACCCCCUGGUGCUCCAGGACUGAUGGGACCAUCUGGAAGACAGGGACCAAGAGGAGAUCCGGGUUCUAAUGGCGUCAAUGGAGUUCCAGGGCCACCCGGUCCAGCCGGUGUACCAGAUAUGUCAGCUGACCAGGCAUAUGCGAACUACUACGCCUCUGUAUACGGGCCUCGAUUUAAGGCUGGCGGCGCUCAAUCACCACAGUAUAUGACCGCUAAUAUGGGACCAUAUGGGCCACGAGGACCGCCAGGACCAUCCGGACAACCAGGUCAACAAGGUCUACAGGGACCAAGAGGAGAGCCAGGGGACCCAGGGCCGCCGGGACAACCAGGAAGCAGAGGACCAUCUGGACCCCCAGGAUUAAAGGGCUUACAGGGAGAUCCAGGCAAAAAUGGAGAAGUUGGUCCUCUAGGACUACCAGGAAGAAAGGGUCCUUCUGGUGCUCCAGGAAUGGCAGGAAUUCCAGGCGCAAAAGGGCAUAGGGGUUUAAAUGGAAUUCCAGGACCAAAUGGUGAGCAGGGAUUUCCCGGAGAAAAGGGAUCCAUGGGACCCCCGGGCCCACCAGGAGCUCCUGGUCUUCAGGGACAGAGAGGUGUAUCUGGUGAACGCGGACGUGACGGAGAGAGAGGUGCCCCUGGUCUGAAUGGCGUAGAUGGACUUCCCGGUCCUGUUGGUGCUCCCGGAGUGAUUGGUCAAUCUGGUCCACCAGGUGUGCCCGGCAUCCCAGGUCCAAAGGGAGAGGCCGGAGCCCCCGGAGCUAAAGGUUCAGCAGGGCUUCAGGGAGCGCGGGGGGAGAGUGGAGUACCCGGCCCCCAGGGAGAUGAAGGUGCGCCUGGAAUGAAUGGAUUGGACGGUUCUACCGGAGAGAAAGGAUCUUCUGGUGAUCCAGGUCCAGCUGGUGUGCCAGGAUUUCCCGGACCAAGAGGUCCACAAGGAAUCGCGGGUUCAACUGGAUUCCCAGGUCCAAAAGGAGCAACUGGCCAACCGGGACUACCAGGUUACAAAGGAGAACGAGGACCAAAAGGUUUGACUGGAAGUACUGGAGACAGGGGACAUCCAGGAAACCCCGGACAAGAAGGGAAGCGUGGAUUGAGAGGUGCUCUUGGAGAUCCCGGACAGCAAGGACCGCCAGGAGACAGGGGCGGCAUAGGAGAAAGGGGUUUCCCAGGACCAGUUGGAGAUCCAGGGUCAUCAGGAGAAGAAGGAGAACCGGGACCACGAGGAAACAGAGGAGAACCUGGACCGACCGGACAACCGGGAAGAAUGGGACCACCCGGUCCUAGAGGACUCAGGGGAGUGGUAGGACGGUCAGGUAUGGAUGGAAUGCAAGGUCGUGUGGGAGAACCGGGAAUAAGUGGUAACGAUGGACGUCCAGGAGAGAUGGGACCACCAGGAAAUCAAGGUGUAACGGGUGUACAAGGCCCACAGGGACCAGCAGGCGGAAGGGGACCCCCAGGAAGAGAUGGAAACCCAGGAGCAUCAGGCCCUGAUGGACCACAGGGAGAUGCUGGACCCAUGGGAGAAAGUGGGCCCACAGGAAAUCCUGGGCCCCAGGGAGUUGUGGGAGAACGCGGACCUCAAGGAAACCAAGGAUCCAGGGGUUAUCCUGGACCCCCAGGAGUUCCCGGACCACCAGGAGAAGUGGGUAAACCUGGAGAUCCAGGUGCGCCAGGACUGGCUGGAAAAACUGGAAGACCUGGAGCCAACGGUGAAAGAGGAUUCCCUGGUGACCAAGGAGUGCCUGGAGAGGUAGGAGAACCAGGCAACCCAGGUCCAGUGGGACCAUCAGGACGUGAUGGAGAAAGGGGAGCACCCGGAUUGAAGGGGGAUCGUGGUGAAGUUGGACCUAUUGGACCAUCCGGUUUUCAAGGAUCUCGUGGACCACGUGGAUUAAGAGGACCCAAAGGAGAACUGGGUGAGGCAGGAGCACCUGGUCCCGAUGGUACACCGGGUAGAGCUGGUCCCCCUGGACCCAGAGGAGAAAUGGGUGACAGGGGACCUGAAGGACUAAUAGCUGAACCCGGAGAGAAAGGAGACAAUGGAUUAGCGGGAGAACCAGGUCCCCGGGGUGUGCCGGGAGACAGAGGCGCCCAGGGUGCAGAAGGAGAGACUGGAAUUCAAGGACCUCCUGGACUCCCUGGUCCUGCAGGUGCUCGAGGACCCAGUGGCUUACCUGGACAAAAGGGAGAGCAGGGAGAUAGUGGUAUUACUGGCCCUCAAGGAUCAAGAGGAACUCCUGGUGUUGAUGGAAUUCCGGGCAGUAAAGGUGAGCGUGGUGACCGGGGUAUCGUCGGAAUACCCGGACAGCCUGGACCAACCGGUAGAGACGGACCUCAGGGAUACCCAGGAAAGUCAGGGUUACCAGGGCAACAGGGACCACCCGGCGAAGACGGACUUCCGGGAGUUCGCGGUGAACCUGGUCCAAUGGGUCCAAGAGGAGAGGAUGGUGCCCCGGGAAAUCCAGGCUUACCGGGACAGAAGGGAGCAAGGGGCGAGGACGGACCAGAGGGACCAACGGGACCUGUUGGGCCUAUGGGUAAUGCUGGAGAUGUUGGUCUUCCAGGGGAGCCAGGAGUUCGAGGAGAGAGAGGACCAAUGGGACCAGUCGGCCCAGUGGGUUUACCAGGAGAACACGGAAAGCCAGGCCAGGAUGGUCAGCCUGGAAAACAGGGACCACAAGGACCCCCGGGAAAUCCCGGAUCACCCGGAGAUCAAGGCGUACCUGGUAAUCCAGGACAAGAUGGUGCCCCAGGAAUCCCAGGACGCACUGGUGAGAAGGGACCUGGAGGAGAAAUGGGACCAACUGGACCACCGGGUCUGCCAGGAUUUGCUGGACCACCCGGUCCCACUGGUGCUGUUGGUCCCAGUGGCGAGAGAGGACUUAGGGGUGAGCCUGGUCCAGCUGGUGCGCCUGGAACCCCCGGAGUCCGUGGACCCCCUGGAGCAAAUGGACUACAAGGUGAAUCUGGAGAAAGGGGUGAUGAUGGCUUAGAGGGUGAAAAAGGAGACCCAGGUUUCAUUGGAAUGCCAGGAUUGCCAGGACCAGAGGGACCACCCGGAGAGCCUGGACCAAUGGGACAGCCAGGACCCCCGGGACAAAGAGGGCCUGAUGGAAGAAGGGGGUCUCCUGGAGAAGAGGGUAAACCUGGGCCACCGGGUCAACAAGGACCAAUGGGAUCGCGCGGACCAAAGGGAGAUGUUGGACGUCCAGGAAUCAUGGGAGAUAUGGGACCACCAGGAGCACCUGGUGCCCCGGGUCAAUCUGUCUACGGUGCGGCUAUGCAAGGCUGGUUCCAGAGAGCCCCAGUUUACAAAGGACCCUCCUAUCAAGGUGACGAGGCCGAUGCUCCUCAGGCUGAAAGUGUGUUUAAAGCACUUCAGGACGUCACUGAAGAAUUACGCCUUUUGAGAUACCCAGACGGCUCCAAAGAAUCUCCAGCUCGCACCUGUCACGAAAUCAAACAGAACAAACCGGAUGCUGAGGAUGGGUUCUAUUGGGUGGAUCCAAACGCUGGAGUUAAGAUAGAUGCCAUCCAAGUGUACUGCGAUUUCAGAAGCAAGAAGAUCCUUACCUGUGUUCUACCAGAAGUCAAUAACUUUACAAAUACACAAAUUAACAAAGAUGGAAAUUCUGUUUUAUGGUUCGCGGAUACCUACUUACCCAAGAAAGAGAUUUCCUAUCAACCCAAAAUAGUUCAAAUCAAAUUCCUCCAAAUCUUACAUGACAAAGCAGAACAGCAGAUUACUUACCAUUGCAAGAACUCCAUAGCCUAUCGUGACGCACAGUCAAAGGGCAAAGACAAAGCUCUUGUCUUCUCAACAUUCAACGGAGAUUGGCUCGGUGCCAACAAUAAAAAGAAGUUCAGAUACAAGGUCUUGAGUGAUGAAUGCCAGGUGAAGAACGGAGCUUGGGGGAAGACAGUAUUUGAAAUUAAAACAAAGAAAACAAAACGACUACCAGUUAUGGACUUUGGUAUCACCGAUAUUGGAGGAAGCGACCAAGAUUUCAGAGUGGAGCUCGGUCGUGUUUGCUUUUCAUGAAGUAUUACAAAAAUCCAUGUAUAUUAAUUAUUAUUUAGCAGGGCGUCUUAAAAUAGGAUGAAUAUUUUGUGUGUUUGUUGUGUGAAAGAGGAAACCAAUUCAAUGUUGCUGUCCAGUUGCCAUGAUCAUAGUAAUGUCGCAGUCAGAUGUUCCAACUCCGGUUUGCCAUGAUGCCGUGUGCUGUAUUGCUAUGGUUUUGAUCUCACAUAUUACACCCUUACUUAUCUGUGAUAGAUGUGUGCCAUGAUUUCAUCUUUUUUUAUUCUCAAAACGCUGAUAUUUUUAUUCACUUGUUCGUCAUUUAAGAAUCAAUACUGUUCAUUUUGAUAAUAAAACAUAUCCAAAAAAUAGUAAAA